ACCAGAGUCCUCAAAUUUCAGUCCAAUUUCCCUUCUUCCUCCUCUAAACCCAGAAAACCAGCAUAAUAAUAGCUGGAACGAACUUAAACUAACCCACAUUUGCUACCAUCACCAUUUCAGUUUUUUCACCCUUUUUCUCUCUCCUCUCUAAGCAACAAACCCAGAUAUAGCACUACCUCUAAGCUAGCUCCAUCACCUGAUCUGCAUUCAUUCUAGAGAGAGAAAAGAAGAGAGAGAGACUGAAUGUGUUGAGGAGUGAGUGUGAGAUUUCUCCACAAUGCCCACCAUUUUCUCUCUCAUCUUCUUCUUCUUCCUCUUGCUUUUCUUAUCCAACUGUUACUGUUCUCCAAUACUGCAUCCUAGCCGUCGGAUCCUUCACCAGCCAUUCUUCCCACUUGACUCUUCCCCGGCCCCUUCUCAACCGCCACCUACUCCUUCUACUCCUAAAUCCGAUCAACAGCCCUUUUUCCCAACUUACCCUUCUCCGCCACCGCCGCCGCCUACUACAACCACCACUCCUGCCUCCCCUUUUGCCUCCUUCCCAGCUAACAUCUCCUCCCUUAUACUUCCACACUCUCCCUCCUCUAAACCAUCUAAGAAGCUCAUUGGUGUUACUGUUGCGCUUUCGCUUUCUGCUGUUCUCGUUGCGGCGGUUGCUCUCUUUUUCUAUUUUCGUGGUCGGAGUCGCCGCCGUGGGGAGUGUUGUGAUGAUGUUGAUAAGACGACUACUAGAUCGGAGACUACGAACAGUUCGGUGCAAAGAGGGGGUUCGUUUAACAGUAAUGCUGCUCUUCCUCCUCGUCCGCCGAAGUUGAGGAAUCCGUCGAAUAACAGCUCGGAGUUUCUCUAUUUGGGCACUUUAGUUGAUUCCACCGCCAUUAAUGGUGGUGGAGCUGGUGGUGGAAGAGCAGCUAAUUCGAGUAGUGCUCGGAGGGGUGUCGGUCCUCGGAAACUCGACUCCCCGGAGCUCCACCCUCUGCCGCCUCUCAGCGGGCGGCAGCUGCUGCAACAACAACAGCAACAUCAGCAGCAACAACUACAAUAUCAACAACAAUAUCAACAACAACAACAGCAUCAAUUGUCUUCUCAGCAUGAAUAUCUUCAUCAACAACAACAUAAUCAGCAACAGAAUCAAAGAGUGGAUGAAGAUCAAGAGGAGUUUUACUCACCUAGAGGUUCAGUGAGUGGAAGAGAGAGUGGAUCAGACUCUAGGAGAGUAUUUGCAGCUGUUGUCCAAGCUGAGAAGCUCAACAAUGGCGGAGCAGCUAACUGUGAAGACACUUCUUCUUCGUCCUCGUCUUCUUCGUCAAACAGUGGCUCUCCAGCGCGAUCAGCUUCCAUCAGUAUCUCUCCCGGUGUGAGCGCAAGUCCGAAAGACAGGUCUUCAAACCCUAAAUCCUCGCCGGAGUUUAUCGAAUUGCAAGUCCAACCUUCGGCGACUGUGUCAUCACCGCCGUUGCCAGAGAUGCAUUUCUCACCGCCUUAUUCCCUUACAUCGUCGCCGGAAAGAGAGAUGGAGCCGAUCAAGGAAGAAGAGGAGGCGGAGGAAUCACCAUUGUUGUCAAAUAAUUCGAGUUCGAGCCGGAUGAAUUCACCUCCGGAAUCUCCAAGAUUAUCGCCAUUGAAUGGGAAAAUUGGGAAGAUGUCGCCGGAGGAGAGGGAAUGGGGCGUUUUAGGUCGUAAUUCACGGUCUCCUGCACCGGCGUCGCCGGCGUUGUCAGACGCUUCUAGCACUCGUAGUCGGAAAUCAUCGCCACUUUCUGCACUGAAACUACCUGCGUUUUUGGGAGGAAAGAGAAAGGAAUCUCCAGAAUCUACAACAAUGUCGAAUUCUCCAAUCUCACCUCACUCUCCACCAUCGCCGAUCUCUCCGAUCUCAUCUACAGAUUCAUCAUCACAAUCGUCCAAAGCUUACUGUGCUUCGCCAUUGUCGAAUGCUUCAGCCGGAAACUCACCGAUAUCACCAAUCAUCGGUAAGCUGAAUAAUUCAUCGCCGGUGAGGAUCAUCAGCGCCGCUCCCCCGCCUGCACCAACACCUCCACCGCCGCCGCCUCCUCCACCAUUGAGGAGGUCCCAGAGUCCACCGCCACCACCUCCACUGCCUGUGAGUGAACCAUCUGUGUCUGUGUCAACACCACCACCAGUGGCAGUAGAGAAACGAACUUCUGAAUCUUCAGUGGAAGGUUCUGGAAGUGAGGAAACCACACCAAGGCCAAAAUUGAAGCCUUUACAUUGGGAUAAAGUCAGGGCAAGUUCAGAUAGGGAAAUGGUGUGGGAUCAGAUGAAAUCUAGCUCAUUCAAAUUGAAUGAGGAAAUGAUCGAGACGUUGUUCGUAGUAAAGACUCCUAAUCCAAAUCAGAAGGAAAUGCAAGGAAAGCAUGUUCAACCUUCAUCAAUGCAAGAGAAUAGAGUUCUUGAUCCAAAAAAGGCCCAGAAUAUUGCGAUAUUGUUAAGGGCACUCCAUGUGACAAUGGAGGAAGUUUGUGAAGCCCUUUUGGAAGGUAAUGCAGAGACUCUCGGAACAGAACUUCUGGAGAGUUUACUGAAGAUGGCACCAUCUAAGGAAGAAGAACGCAAACUAAAGGACUACAAAGAUGAUUCACCUGUCAAGCUUGGGCAUGCUGAGAAGUUUUUGAAGGCCGUGAUUGAUAUACCUUUUGCGUUCAAAAGGGUGGAAGCAAUGUUGUACAUGACCAAUUUUGAGUCCGAGGUCGAGUACCUAAAAAAGUCUUUUGACACUCUUGAGGCAGCAUGUGAUGAGCUACGGAGCAGUAGAAUGUUCCUAAAGCUUCUAGAAGCCGUCCUAAAAACAGGAAACCGCAUGAACGUUGGCACAAACCGCGGUGAUGCUCAUGCUUUCAAGCUCGACACGUUGCUCAAACUCGUCGAUGUCAAAGGUGCAGACGGCAAAACUACCCUUCUACACUUCGUGGUUCAAGAAAUCACAAGAACCGAAGGCCAACGCCAAUCAUCCACCACCACCAACAACGAACCUUCAGCUUCAAUUGAUGAAGCCAAAUGCCGAAAGCUAGGGUUAGAAGUUGUAUCAAGCAUCAGCUCAGAACUCAACAAUGUCAAAAAAGCUGCUGCAAUGGACUCUGACAGUCUCAGCAAUGAUGUUGCAAAGCUUACACUAGGUCUAGCAAGAAUUGGUGAAAUUGCAAGAUUAAACAAACAGGAAAACAACAUCAGAAAGUUUUCUGAAUCAAUUAACCAGUUCAUGAAAAUGGCAGAAGAAGAAAUCUUCAGAGUUCAAGCCCAGGAAAGUGUAGCUCUUUCUCUAGUGAAGGAGAUAACAGAGUAUUUCCAUGGAAACUCGGCUAAAGAAGAAGCUCACCCAUUUAGAAUCUUCAUGGUAGUGAGGGAUUUCCUUUCGGUUUUAGACCGUGUUUGUAAGGAAGUCGGGAUGAUAAAUGAACGGACAAUAGUGAGUUCCGCGCAUAGAUUUCCGGUACCGGUAAACCCGAUGCUACCGGUUCCGGUAAACCCGUUUCUCCCACAAGUUUUGCCGGGUUUUUCUGGCAGGAGACAGUCUAGCUCAUCUGAAGAUGAUACACCUUAGUGUCGGUGAGCUUUAUUUAGCCUGGUAGAGAAGGCUCUGUAUAAAGAAAGUAGCCUGCAGGAAUUUUUUUUUGUUUAACAUCUAAUUAUUUGUAAUUUCCAUAUUUUGUAAUUAUAUAAGUAUAAUUUUGGAAAUCAAUUAUGAACACAUAGUAGAAGGAAUCAGGAAAUACGACUGCUAGAUUUGUGCUAAUAUCAAUAAAAUUUUCAGUAGCGGCUAAGUAAAA